AUUCUCGCUCCAGUUGGUUUGCAGUUUGGAAUCUGCAUACGGCAGACUCGUACCUAUUUUUUAAACUAACGAGUGCUACAUGAAUUGUUUCAUUUCUUGUGUGUCAUUCCUAAAGUAUUAAACUCACAAGUCAGUGCAGACAUUUUUUUCUCGAGACUGUCAUCUGUGAAAGUCCUAGGAACAGAAUGGCGGACAUUUCAAAGACGGAAAACGAGAUUCCCAAUGGAAUAAAAGAGAAAGCCACUGAGAAUGGCGCCGUGAACGCUGAAGAAGAGGAUGAAGAUGACGAUGAGCCCGUCGAAGGCGGAGAUCCGAAUGCUCCAGUCGAAGCUGCGAAGAAGAAAAAGAAGAAGCGCAACAAGAAGAAGAAACCAGCUGCUGCAGCGGGGCAGGACGGGGCAGCUGGCGACAGCAGUGCUCCCGGAGGCCAGAAUUCCGCGCCUAAGGCGGUCAGCCUGGGUCCUACCACGAAACCUGCCAUGGAAAUUCGCGGUCUGGCUUCGCAGGGAUCUUCCGAAUUCGGAUUUCCCAAGGAACAGAGUUAUCCGCCGCGGAAACCUAUCAACGAAAUUUUUAAAACAGGUAAAUUCCCCCAUGGCGAAGAAGUGCCCCACGGCAAACCCCGCGGUGGCGACCUGGCUGAUUUUCGACGGAUUUCCGGGACCGAGGCCAAGGCUAGUGAGGAGCUGAAUGAGGAAAUGUAUCAGGAUUUGCGCCGCGCGGCCGAAGCUCACCGACAGACGCGGAAAUAUGUUCAGAAUUAUAUCAAGCCUGGCAUGACCAUGAUAGAAAUCUGUGAGGAACUGGAAGCUACUUCGCGGGCUACGAUCGCCGAAAAGGGUUUGGAGGCGGGUUUGGCGUUUCCGACAGGCUGCUCGUUGAAUCAUUGCGCGGCACACUAUACACCCAAUCCCGGGGAUAAAACGGUAUUGCAGUAUAACGAUAUUUGCAAAAUUGAUUUUGGCACCCACGUCAAUGGGAGAAUUAUAGACUGCGCGUUCACGGUGGCUUUUGAUCCGAAAUACGACCAGAUGUUGAAGGCAGUCAAAGAUGCUACUAACACGGGAGUGAAGUGUGCCGGAAUUGAUGUUCCUCUGAACGAACUGGGCGAAGCUAUUCAGGAAACCAUGGAAUCGUACGAAAUCGAGCUGGACGGGAAGACCUAUCCCAUCAAAUGCAUUCGCAACCUCAAUGGCCACUUAAUCGGACAGUACCGUAUUCACGCGGGCAAAACUGUACCCAUUGUAAAGGGAGGGGAGACUACGCGUAUGGAGGAGAAUGAGAUCUACGCCAUCGAAACAUUCGGUAGCACCGGCAAGGGACAUGUGCAUGACGAUAAUGACUGCUCACACUACAUGAAGAAUUUCGAUCAGGCCUUCGUACCGCUGCGAGUUGCCAAAUCCAAGCAUCUACUAAAUCUAAUCACGGAAAAUUUUGGUACCCUCGCGUUUUGUAAACGGUGGCUGGAACGUGCCGGAGCUGAAAAAUACCUCAUGUCGCUGAAGGAUUUGUGUGACAAGGGAAUCGUGGAUCCAUAUCCGCCGUUAGUUGACGUUAGGGGAUGCAUCACAGCACAGUACGAACACACAAUUUUGCUACGUCCAACGUGUAAGGAAGUGGUUAGCCGGGGGACGGAUUACUAGUUGCUGUGAAAGCGCUGAUUAUUGUGUACACUAUAAGCAUCAUUAGUUUCAUGUCGAAUAGUCAUACUGAGGGCUUUAAUGCUGGUGCAGAUUUGGUAUUGCGGUCUAUUUACAUAAUUCCCAUUUCAUUCACUUUAGGCGGUACAAUAAUAUUAUUUUUUGUCGAUGGUAUUUCAGGAAAUUCACUGAAAGUGUUGUCUCGUUUUUGUCAGUUGUCUUCGUACCACUGUUUGCAGGUAAUUCUGAUAAGGCUAAUGAGUCCCAAUCUUUGUUGUUCUCAGUUUUAUUUAAAUUAACCAAGUUGCAGUAAUAAAUUGGGAAAACUCA